AUACGCCAUCUACUACAAGCCCUCAAGAGCUACCUUGGUGUCCACCCAACAAUACUCAGACCCAGUCGACGCCUUUGAGUACGACCCCUACGUGCUGGUGUUUGAGGAUUCGAAUCAGCUGCGGUUCGGAACUGUCUCGAUCCAUACCAAACCGGACAACGCGGUACAGGAGAUUGAUGCGUUGGUGGACGUGUAUGAGGAUUUGAAGUUACAUCUGCUAGGCGCUGACGACGUGAUAAUCCUGGGUGACUUCAACGCAGGCUGCAACUACGUGACGAACAGUGAAUGGGCCAACGUCCGGCUUCGACGAGAUCCGCGCUUCAAGUGGCUCAUCUCCGAUCACGUCGACACAACAGUCAGAGGCACAGCUUGUCCCUAUGACAGGAUCGUGGUAUCAGGAUCCAACCUAACUAGUGUCGUAUACUCGGGCUCCGCUAAAGCUUACUACUUCGAAGAGGAAUUCGGACUCAAAGACCAGGCGUUGAUUGAUGACGUGAGCGACCACUACCCCGUGGAAGUCCGCCUGCGAGGUGCUGUGGCCCCCGAGGUGUUGGCAAAGGUGACUUCGAACAUCGCUAUUGAUGUCAGUUUUGAGGCCACGCAGGAAGGCCUCGCGAACAUCACGGGAUGCGGGAAUGCUGAAGUCUGCAUCUAUACUCAGGAUUACGUGCUCAUACGUUGGCGCAUAAAAAAAAACGCGAAAGAUUUGAUUACAGUCUUCGCUUCAAAUAACAGGCUUCUUGUCCCCUCUGAGGCAGUGUCCGUGUUAUUCUACAAGUUAGAGGAAGGAGCACUGACAGACUCCACUUUAUACGGCGCCAACCUCACCCCUUCAAUGUACACGAUCGCCUUCUUGUGCUCACAAUCAUCCUGCUCGCUCUCUAUCAGCGCCCCGACCCUUGUCAACUGACAUAAGUGCUUUCUAGUUGACGACGAUGCAAAAAGAGGAGUCGUUGGAUUUUAUAAAGGUACUAAGAGAGGGAGAGGGAGAGAGGGGGGGGGGGAAGGAGAGGGAGAAGGAGA